CCCUUCAGCCUUCGUCAUACACAACCUAAACCACGUUGACGUUGUGUGACCACAAAAUUUUCACCACUUUUCUGCUAAGAAGUACCAGUAGGCAUCCAGACUGUAGUGUAGACGCACUCGGUCUCAACUAAAUAAUAAUACAAGCCUGGAUACAGUACUUAAAGCUCUUUGCGCUAUGGAUAAUCAGAUCAGCUCCACUACAGACGACCUGAAGAACCUGCAGCAGGCAGAUGAGAACCUCGCCCCCAAAGAGCUCACGGCGGAGGUGUCACAUUUCUCCCAGUGUAGUAACUUCGACAUAGAUGAUAUUUUGGACUUAGCCGGAGGCGCGAAAGAUGCCAUUGAAAGACACCGAAAAUCAGAAGAUCAGCUCAUGGAGAUAGAAAACAGCACGAGCUCUCAACCUGAAGAAGAGAAAGCACCUGCGGAAGCUGAAGCACUAUCAUCUCAGUUGUGGGAUCUGCUGUACUGGCACAACGUACAGAAGACAGCGUAUGUGUUCGGAGCGACGCUGUCCCUAUUGAUCUCUCUGAGUCUGUUCAGCAUCAUCAGUGUAUCUUCCUACAUCGCUUUGGCUCUGCUGUCAGUCACCAUCUGCUUCCGGAUCUACCGAGGAAUCACAGAUGCUUUUCAGAAGAGCCAAACCACACACCCGUUUGAAUUUUAUCUGGAGCGGGACGUUACUCUACCAGCUGAUGUAUUUUACAAACACAGUGACAUGCUGCUGAAGCAAAUCAAUGCCACUGUUCAUCGGCUGAUGCAUCUCUUCCUGGUGGAGGAUUUGGUUGACUCUCUGAAGUUUGCAUUGCAGCUGUGGGUUCUGACCUACGUCGGAUCAUUCUUUAACGGCCUCACCCUUCUCAUCAUCGGUGACGUCGCAGCGUUCACCUGCCCAGUCCUCUAUAAAAAAUACAAGGUGCAGUUUGAUCAUUACUAUGGACUGGUUCAAAGCUACUUCAAAGAUGUAGUGCAAAAGAUUCAGGUGAAGAUUUAUGGAUUGAAGAAUAAAGCUGAAUAGAAAGCAGCAGCGUUACAGAUCGUAAGCGAAUAAACGGUGUGUGUCUUUAUGCAAAGCGUGUGCGUUUGUGAGUGCGUGAGUGUGUUAAUCAAUUGCGUAUUAAGGACGAAAAUCCACUUAAAAAAUAUAAAUGGAUUGUAUAUUUUCAUUUCGCCCUCCUUUAUUACUUCUGGUUGCUGCAGUGUUUUAUUUCAUAGGUUUUUUUUUUUGUAAAUGAAAUAGUGUUUAUGUAAGAAUUAAACGAGAGGCACAUUUUUUCCACGCCUCCGUAUCGUUAAUGAGAACAGCAUCGGUCAUAGCGCAUCUCGAACAUUACGACUGUGAAGAUCGGCACGGAUCGUAUUUCAUUUUGUUUCUCUUUUUCCUUUGUAUCACGUCUGUUUGUGAAAAUACAGUCGAUGCAAAUAAAUCGGAGGGAUGAAUUUA